GUGCAAGCGCUAACCAUUUCUGCGCAGUCCACGCAUGGCUCUAUCGCACGUACACCGCCAUUAAUCUCGAAUAUCCUUCAAAUGUUCCUCGUCCGAGGAUCGUUAUCUAUGAUUUUGGUCUAUACGGAUGGCAAAUCUCACUCCUCAAUUCGCUCAAAUCAGCCGGCUUCCUGACCGAACUGCGCAAGUUCGACUACUCGAAAUACCCAGACUUUUGGGAUAUAAGAAUCCAUAAGGGAGAAUAUGGCUGGAAAGUGGGCGCUUUGUCGGAAAUAGUUCGAGACUUUCCGGGAAUAGUAGUGUGGCUGGACUCGGGCUCAUUAAUGAGAACACCUUUUUUGCGGAAUAUCGAAAAUCUGCUAGUCAAGGAUAAGUGUAUCGCGUCUCCCCGAUCUGCUGCAACUCUCUUCGUAUGGACUCACCCUGGUAUGUACGACUAUUAUGGCGUGCCUCAACCGGAGGAAUUUCGUGACGUUGAGAACUGUAGUUCAGGGGUGCUCGUUUUCAAUACUCACACAGCUGGUAAACUACUGGAAGAUUGGCUGGACUGUGCUCUUCACAAAGACUGCAUCGCACCUCCAGGAUCAAGCAGGAAAAAUCAUCGUCAAGAUCAGUCAGCAUUUACGUAUCUUUCUGCAAGAGAAGGAUGUUUUUGUAAUUUGACCGCAGCCGAGUUUAAUGUAAUGAAUCAUAUGGAUUACCAGUGUGCAGAGAACGUAGUUCGCUUUGAGCAGCUGAAUUCUGUACCGUGGAAUAUUACUGAAUACGAUAGGCUGCGAAUGAAAAAGACUAAAAGCAGACGGAGGGGACCUUGGUGGGAUUUGUUGUGGGAAGUAAAACCUUGA